GAACUAGAGCGCGCUUUGCGGCGACGCGCACGGAGGGGAAGUGGAAAGGCGGAAGAAAGGACGUUGAAUAAACUUGCCAACUUCUAGCUGACUGGCUAAUACAUUUAGAUACUGUGUUACAGAAUACCUGGCUACUUAUUUCUAUACAGAUUUAGUUAGCUAACCCUUUGCCCUAUCUACAUUCAGUUACCGAUCUUUGAACGCGCCACACGACCACGGGACCCAAGCAGUUUCCAAACAGACGUUGCACUUGCUCAGCCGACCCGAAGCCAUCCACCGUUACAAAGUCACAUUUAUCUGUUGCUAAAGUGCUGUGAUAACUAGUCAAUUGUAUCAACGCUGCACACAACCAGCUCGCUGGCUCAGCGGGACUCAGGCUUGUUCUCCUUGUGGGAAAAGUUCGUGUCAGUGGUUGGUGGUGGUGUAGGAGCCAACGAGGCCUGCAGUCGAGGAGGCUGCAUGUGUGAAGACUGUAGCUAGCUGGCGAGGAGUGACUCACACAACUCUAGCUAAACACUCAGAAACAUGUCGGCCCAGGCACAGAUGCGAGCGAUGCUGGACCAACUCAUGGGGACAGGGAGAGACGGAGAUAGCAUGCGGCAGAGAAUCAAAUUCACAGAUGAGCGAGUCUGCAAAAGUCACCUCCUGGAUUCAUGUCCUCAUGAUAUUCUCUCUGGCACUAGAAUGGAUCUGGGAGAGUGUAUGAAAGUCCAUGACUUGGCCCUCAGAGCAGACUUCGAGAUUGCCUCUAAGGAGCAGGAGUACUUCUUUGAACUUGAUGCUGCUGAACACCUUCAGUCUUUCAUCGCUGACUGCGACCGCAGGACCGACCUGGCCAAGAAGAGACUAGCUGAAACGCAGGAUGAGAUAAGCGCUGAAGUGGCUGCAAAGGCUGAACGUGUCCACGAGCUGAACGAAGAGAUCGGGAAGCUGCUGGCCCGGGCGGAGCAGCUCGGGGGCGAGGGGAACGUAGACGAAGCCCAGCAAGUGCUGGAAAUGGUGGAGAAGACCCGGGGCUUGAAGAAAGAAGCAGAGGAUGUGUACAGAAACUCGAUGCCAGCCUCCAGUUUUCAGCAACAAAAACUGCGGGUGUGCGAGGUGUGCUCUGCUUACUUGGGUCUUCACGACAAUGAUCGUCGUCUAGCUGACCACUUUGGGGGCAAACUGCAUAUCGGCUUCAUUGAAAUCCGCGAGAAGCUUGAAAAGCUAAGGAAAGCAGUUAUAGAGAAACAAGAAAGAAUGCGAACAAGAAGACGAGAGGAACGUGAAAGAGAUGAUGAAAGAGAGCGACAGUGGGAAUUGGAGCGGGAACAAGAAAGAGAGCGCGAACGAGAGAAUGAAUGGGAGAGAGAACGAGAAAGGGAGAGGGAGCGAAGGAGAUCGAGAUCUAGAAGCGGAGAACGAUACAGGGACGGAGGCACUUCGACUUCGUCCGCCCAUCAUUCAAGACGCCCCCACUCCUCUCGUUCCAGAGAAGAAGGUGGAGAUCGGGAUCGGGAGAGAGAGAGAGAGAGGAAACAUCGACACAAGGACAGGCAUCGCUCACGCUCCCACUCUCACAGGCGCAAAAGGAAGAGGUCUUCCAGAGACCGAUCAUCUCACACUCGCGACAAGGAGCCCUCGCCGUCCCAGGAGAGGUGUGGAGAUGGUGCCGCAGUAGGAGAGGGUUGGCGUGAGGAAAGGGCGGCGUGCAGAGACUGGGAGGACAGGGAGAAGUUCCCCUCCACAGACACAGCCAGGAGCAGGGAACGAGAGAGAUCCCUAUCGUUCGAGCGGGACCGACGCUCCAGCUCCGAGGAGCGAGAGUCUGGGGAGAUAUGAACAGAAGCGGAAGCUUCCAAAGUCUUUGAUUUGGAUAUAGUAAUUACUAAAAGGAGCAUGGAGAGUUAAGUGUGUGUUGGUGCGAGUGUGUUCUGCUUUGUAUGUGUGUUCAUGUUAAAAGUGGGACAUGUACAUUAGCAGGUGGAUGGUGGAAACUUAACAUGGGGAUGAGGGAACAACUUCAGUGGUGGCAGUCAAGUAAACAUGCAAAACCAACUUUUAUAAGACUGAAUUAGGAGGCUAGUGUGACCUGGAACCAGUACAGUCAUUUUUUAUGCCAUCUUGUCGAUCUUAUGUACAGUUAUUUAGACAGCGAGUGAGUGAGUGAAGAAACAUCAGUCCUACUUUUGGUUCCAGUUUUUAUUUUACUCACAUGAAGUGCUGUUAUUUUUUUUAUCAUUGGUUGGACCUUCAGUGUUGUUACUGUUUUUCCUGUUCCAUUAGGAAUCAAUCCGUUUCAGUAGCUGUGGAUUGAUUUACACAGGUUGGACUCAUUAAUGUGGCAUCUCUUGCAGCAAUGUUUUGAAAUGAGCUGUGAAUGACUGAUGGCACUUCUGAUGCUUGUUUUAUUUGCUUCCUUCAAGCCGUAACAAUGUCAUUUGGACAAUUCAAUACACAUCCCCGAGCCUGCCUUUUAAUUCAGGACGCAGUGAUGAGCUCAUACUUAGAAAAUAAACUCACUUGUCCCCCUGAAAGAAGUCAUCCAAAUAUUUCCACUCAGUUUCUGACAUGUGAAUGCAUAUAGAUGAUGUGCAUAUUUACAUACUGACACUUAAAGGUCCAGGGACUUGUGUCCUGUUUGCUGUGAUACAACCUGGAUGUACUGGGGGAAUCUACUUUGCUGUGCCACCAUUAAGUGAAUAAAAUGGUCUGCUUCUAUUCAAA